AUGGCCCAUUUUACACGACGGAUGUCUUCCAUCCACAAGGAGACCAAACCUCACGAAAAGCAUCCCAGGUUUGGGAACCUCCCACUCAGCACGAGCGGACCUCAAGAUUGUGCGUUGACUGGCGCUGCGCUCCUCAACACACCAUACCUCAACAAAGGGGCUGGGUUUCCUCCGGAAGAGCGGGAGGCGUUCAAAUUGACUGGAUUGCUUCCCCAGAAUGUCCAAACUUUGGAUCAGCAAGUGAAAAGAGCUUAUCAGCAGUAUUCGACUCGAGUUGAUGAUUUGGCGAAGAAUACAUUCAUGACCAGUCUGGGAGAGCAGAAUGAAGUGCUGUAUUUCAGAUUGAUUCAAGACCAUCUCAAAGAGAUGUUCUCCGUCAUCUACACUCCAACAGAAGGAGACGCCAUCCAAAACUACUCUCGACUAUUUCGAAAACCGGAGGGCUGCUUCCUGAACAUCAACGACGUUGGUCGAGUGCAUGAUGACCUGGCACAAUGGGGCUCUCCCGACGACAUUGACUACAUCGUCGUGACAGAUGGAGAAGAGAUUCUCGGUAUUGGAGACCAGGGCGUGGGUGGAAUUCUCAUCUCCGUCGCUAAGUUGGUUUUGACAACUCUCUGCGCCGGCAUCCACCCAAACAGAACUCUCCCCGUCGUUCUAGAUUGCGGAACUGACAGUAAAGAACUGCUCAACGAUGAUCUAUACCUUGGACUGAAGAAACCGCGUGUGAGGGGUAAAGAAUACGAUGAUUUCGUUGACGUCUUCGUCCAAUCAGCACGAAAGCUGUACCCUAACGCCUACAUCCACUUUGAAGAUUUCGGCUUGCCAAAUGCCCGUCGCAUUCUCGACCGUUAUCGCCCCGAGAUCCCCUGCUUCAACGACGAUGUCCAAGGGACCGGCUGCGUCACACUGGCCGCGAUCAUGGCUGGUCUCCAUGUCAGCAAGUUAAAGCUCGAAGAUAUGCGUAUGGUAAUCUUCGGUGCCGGAACAGCAGGAACGGGAAUUGCUGAUCAAGUGCGGGAUGCUAUCGCCGCUGAUAGCGGAAAGUCAAAGGACGAGGCUGCAAAGCAGAUCUGGUAUUCCUGCUCUCCUCCUCGCCGAUCCCACUUUUAUCCACCCUCUUCUGACGAAACCAGGUGCGUCGACAAACCCGGCCUCCUCCUAAAAUCCCACGACGACAAACUCACGCAUGCACAAAUCGAUUACGCACGUGACGACUCAGAAUGGGAAGGCAAAGAAGGCCAUGACCUCCUCGCGGUCAUCAAAGGCGUCAAGCCGCACGUCCUCAUCGGGACCUCCACCCGCCCAAAAUCCUUCACCAAAGAAAUCGUCCAGGAGAUGGCCUCCCACGUCGAACGCCCCAUAAUCUUUCCCCUCUCCAACCCGACACGGCUGCACGAAGCCUCUCCUUCCGAUCUCAACGAAUGGACAAAAGGAAAAGCGCUCAUCGCGACCGGCUCUCCGUUCCCACCGGUCAAGUACGAAGGGAAAGAGUACGAAAUAGCAGAGUGCAACAACUCGACCUGUUUCCCGGGUAUCGGCCUCGGCUGCGUGCUUUCGCGCUCCAAACUCCUAUCCGACAAAAUGCUCGUCGCAGCCGUGAAAUCGCUCGCUGCACAAUCGCCCGCGCUGAAGGAUCCGGAUAAGGGGUUGUUGCCAGAUGUGAUAAAUGUGAGAGAGAUCAGCGUGCAUAUUGCGAAGGCGGUUAUUCAGCAGGCUGUGGAGGAGGGCCUUGCUACGCAGGAGGGGAUCCCGGAGGGGGGGGAGGAUUUAGAGGAGUGGGUCAGGGAGCAGAUGUGGGAUGCUGCGUAUAGACCGUUGAGGUUUGUGGAGAAGAAUAGUGCGGGGAGGCAUGCGAGGGGGGAGAUGGGUGUUGCGGGGGCCGCGGCACAGGUUUGAUUUAAGAUCUGAAGAUCUGGGGUAUGCCGAGGGUUGUGGUAUAUUCAAUUGAUUGGAAAUCUGUGAAUGCGAGACGUGGAGCAAGAUAAUUAAGAUCUUGUCCAUAUUUCUUUCUGUCUUUGAAUGUCUAGCAAUUUAUACAUGCAAGCCCCCUGGCGCCUGCAGGUCCUCGCGAGCUCUUGGACAUUCGGGUUGCAUACCACCCCCACCCCCAGUGGCGGAAAUUCGGAAUAAAUUUUGUAAUGAACUUCGUACUGUUUUGGACAUUUUGCAGGUUGAUCAACGCUCAUCAUUUACAAUCGCCGCUUUGGAUGGAUUGUGUUCGUUGACGUUCAACUUGUUGAGUUUCUUUGAUGCUGAAAUCUGGAAGCAGUC